UAAGGUAGGUGAAAUGAUGCACUAAACUUUCGUAGAAAUACUGAUCCCACACCAAGAAUGCUUGGUGAUGCUUUUUCUAUUGUAUACACCAUCGUGGUGCUUCUAUAGCAUACACCAUCGUGGUGCUUCUAUCGUGUACAGCAACUUUUUUACUUCGCUCUUUUCUGUGAAGUUUACUUAUAGAUUUCACCUUCCGUGCGACACCACGGAUAUUCGCACUCACUUCUGUAGGUAGGAAAUGUAAGAAACAGAGCACCGAAGCCAAAUGAAUUCGUUUAAGAAAUAAAAUAUUGACUUAAAAUUAAUAACACCUUUCUUAAAGAGAAGGAUGUACUUUCAGUGUUUUUUAAACCUUACGCUUCCAAGAAAUAUAAUAGCCAUUCUACCUCAUGGUCCUGCUUUUCACCUACAAGAAUGUGCGCACAUGUACAAGAAAUUCGCAAAGUUUUGUAAACCUUUGUAAAAUUGGCAAAUUUCUCCGCAGCAUUAUUAUAUUGAGGAAUGCUAAAAAAUUAUAUAAAUUAGAAAUUUUACAUUUAAAAAAUAAAUCACAAGAAAAAUUGUGGAGUUUAAAGAAUUUUUUAGGGAGAGUAGUUUGUAUUCUGAACUUGAUGUCAAAAUAUGUUAGCUUCUGCCUCUCUCAAAUAAGCACCUUUUCUUUUCUUUUUUAUAAACUCCCCCCUCGAAUAGGCGCCCGAGGGCGGUUAUUUGAAUAUGUUACUAUAGCCAAAAGCAGCACUUAUCGAAUUUUUUUGGAAAAUAGAAAAAAAUACCUUCUACUAAAAAACAACUUUGUUCUUAAAGUCGUCUACGAAAUGUAAUUUUAUGUCAAAACUGUUUUUUGUGUAACUUAUUUGCCAAUUUACUGAAGUAGAGUAAAUUCAACCGUAAACAUCUACGCCGAGAGAGAAUGAGAUUUUUGUAAUAGGCGUUCCUCUUGAUUUUCCACCCUCUCCAAUAAGCGCCCGCCCUGAAAGUUAUUUACGGCAAGUAUUGAUAAAUACACAAGGGAUGGUGCGCAUACAAAAAUCAUAGACCAAUUGCAAAGUAAACAACCUUGGUCCCAGAUCAUGUUACCUUUAUGAUGAGGGUGAUGGCGAUGAUAAUGGCUUAGGCAGGAAACCCUGGGGACGAGGAUACAAAUUAAACUGAAAAAUGAACAAACUGAGGACGAUGUUAUCCAUACACGACGUAACCUUGUUAAAUGCAAACAUGAAUUGGAACAAUAGAUUGAACCAUAAUUAAAAGUAUAUAGCUUUUAUAGUUCCUUUAAUUAUAAUAAAAAGGAGUCUGGAUACUAAAUUGUAUAAUAAGUGUUGACCAUUCAUUCAAAAUAUGUUUUCUUUAAAGGAGUUUAUUUUUAACUUUCGUAUUUAUAUAUAAUUCAAAACCUCUGCGUAUAUAUCGGAUUAAUUUUUUAUUUACUUGGCAAGCGGAUCACAAGAUAAACCGAUAAGAUCUCUUUCUUCAUUAACAGGACAGCACAGGUGGAGAUCUCAUUCAAGCCUAUAUGAUGGAGAGGUGUAGCUAGCAAGAAAACCGAAAAAAAUAGAUUAUAAAUUAAAAAAGAACCUAAGUGAAAUGAAUAUCAUUUUUCUUGGUUUGUUGGCAGUGAAAUUCGGAAUCGGCUCUACAUACACGUGGACAUAUCGUGACUGGGUUAACCAAGUGUUGAAAAAAUGGGGAAACAAACCAAGGCGAGUCGGACAAGCUGAUAUAAAAUGCGAAACAAAAACAUUCAUGGCUGACAGUGGAGUGAUUUACUCUCCUAACCAUCCACUUCAUUAUCCAAACAAUGUAAAUUGUAAAUGGGUUAUCGAGACUCCAAAAAAGUUUACAGAGAUUCAUUUGCAUUUUAUAAAAUUCAAUGUCGAGAAUCCGAAAUGGUCUAGGAUUUGUCUCAAAGAUUACAUUGAGGUAUUUCAGUAUACUGAUGGAAAAAGAGAACGCAAAGGUAAAUACUGUGGAAAGAAACCUGGGUACAAUAUUACCAUUUAUGGAAAUAAAGCUGAAAUUGUCUUCAAAUCAAAUAAUCACAGAACAAGGAAAGGAUUUCAUAUCAAGUGGAAAGCAAUUUCAGGAUGUGGUGGAGAACUUCAAGGUAAUGCAGGAGAAUUGCGACUUCCAUCUGUUCCUUUAAACGACAAACGCGUUUACUGUGAAUGGCGAAUCGAUACACCAUCGAUAUACAAUGAAAUUGAAAUCAGAAUAAGCUCGCUCAGAUUUGCGAGAAAUUAUACUAGCUGCAGACGAGGCUAUUUAUCAAUAUAUGAUGGAAAUAAACAAGAAGUUGGGAAAUAUUGCGACUCCAUUACGCCUCAAGUUAUACGAAUUAAUGGAAAUAAAGCGAUAAUCAAACUUAGGAUAUCUCGUAAAACGAUACUUAACCAAUUUGUAGCAGUUUGGCGAAGCUCAAAGAAAGAUGAACUCAGCAAAAUUCAAUGCGGUGUAGCAAUGGCUGAGCACCACCGUCAUAGACGACUUGUUGGCGGUGCACCAGCAUUACGUGGAACAUGGCCGUGGAUUGCUCAGAUUCGCGUAUUAGAAAUGAAUCGAAAUUUCCGUUCGAGAACUGUGACAUGUGGCGGGGUAAUUGUUUCGGAGUGGCAAAUAUUAACAGCAGCUCAUUGCUUGAUCCGCAAAUUUUCAGUUUUAAAAUACGAAGUUCUAAUCGGCGCCGUAUCGGAGUACAAUACGGAACGAAAAAUCAUCACAUUCCGAGCAAACCAGAUAACUACACAUCCACAAUACAAUCGGAGUGGUAGAGGAAAACCAGUAAACGACAUAGCUUUAAUAACGCUGUCAACAAAAAUGACAUUUUCCUACGAUAUUCAACCAAUAUGUUUACCAGAUUUAAAAAGCGAGCCUUCAAGUGAUUGCGAAUUUGCAGGCUGGGGAAAAACUGGCGAAUCUAGUCGACAUUCUCAACAUUUGAACACAGUUAGAGCCACUACAUGGGGUCAUUGCGGGGCUUCUCCGUCUAUCCUAUGUGCGACAUACCACGGUAAAAACAGCGGCGCAUGCAAGGGGGAUUCUGGUUCGCCUAUCAUCUGCAAAAGAAAUGGAAGAAAAUAUUUAGCCGGUGUUUUAUCUUUCGGCGCUACUACAUGUCCAUCUUCGGUGGAUGGAUACAGUGACGUGAGAUAUUACUUAAACUGGAUACACAAUGUUAUAAAUAUGAAAAAAUUACCACACAACAAUUCAUAAAAAAGGUUUUAGUUACUAUUCUUAUAUAUAUAUAUAUAAUAUAAUCAUGUAUAUAUUUAUUGUACACCUUUAUAUAUUGUUACAUAAGUUUGCGUACAUAUUUUUAAGGAUUUCAAAAUUUUAUUUAUUACGAUACUUUUGGUGAAAGAUAUACCUUCUUCCGAUUA